CAUCCACUCAGUGCGCAUGUGCAGGUCCAGUGCCAUCGACUACGUCAUGUCCGUGGGAAGCGACGGCUGUUAGUCAACGAAUGUUAAAUUGGAUAUAUUUAUACUUUCUUUAAUUUAUAUUUAAUUAUAUACAUGUAAAAUGAUUCUUACUGUAAAGCCACUUCAAGGAAAAGAGUGUAAUGUACAGGUGACAGAAAACGAAAAGGUAUGGACCGUAAAAGAACUGGUAUCAGAACGUUUAAACAUCCCACCAAGUCAGCAGAGACUGCUCUAUAAAGGAAAAGCUCUUGCAGAUGAACACAGUUUGAGUGAUUACUCCAUUGGACCAGAGGCCAAGCUGAAUCUAGUUGUGCGGCCGGCAGGAGAGAGGAGUGGAGGGGCAAUGGGAGCCAGUAGCAGUUGUAACAAUGGACAACCUGGUAAUAGUGUAUGGCAGGUAUUGUCAACUGUCCUGGCCAAACACUUCAGCCCGGCCGAUGCUGCUAAAGUGCAGGAGCAACUUAUUAAGGAUUAUGAACGCUCCAUCAGACUGCUAAGUCUAGAUGACAUUGAGCGUAUGGCCAGCCGUCUGCUGCAUCCGGAGACAGAGGGCAUGGAUACUUCAUACAUGGACUGAAACAAACUACACAGAUGUAUCUCCGACUCCAGUGGACUACCCUUACCAAUCAGCCAUGUAUGUGGGAGUAGGAUGUAUUUAAUAUGGACUGUUAGGAAGAAAAAAGCCAGAAGUCUCCUUUACAUUACAGACUGAGGUGAACUCUCUCAAGGCAAGGGGCCACAAUGCGUACCAUUGCUUUCCCAUAAGAGGAAACUGGUGGUGGUGUUAGUGCAACUCUGUAAAUAUUGUGUGCAAAUUAUUAUUUAAAAAAAUAAUAAUAAUAAUAAUUUCCUCCCAUUUUUCUCCCCAAUUUGGAAUGCCCAAUUCCCAAUGCGCUCUAAGUCCUCAUGGUGGCGUAGUGACUCACCUCAAUCUGGGUGGCAGAGGACGAAUCUCAGUUGCCUCCGCGUCUGAGACCGUCAAUCCGAGUAUCUUAUCACGUGGCUUGUUGAGCUCUUACUGCGGAGACAUAGUGCGUGUGGAGGCUUCACGCUAUUCUCCGUGGCAUCCACGCACAACUCACCACGUGCCCCACUGAGAGCGUGAACCACAUUAUAGCAACCACGAGGAGGUUACCCCAUGUGAGACUACCCUUCCUAGCAACCAGGCCAAUUUGGUUGCUUAGGAGUCCUGGCUGGAGUCACUCAGCACGGAUUCGAACUUGCGACUCCAUGGGUGGUAGUCAGCAUCUUUAUUCGCUGAGCUACCCAGGCCCCAGUGUGCAAAUUAAUAAAAAGUGUUCUUGAUCAGCUUUAUUAUUUAAUGAUUUAAAAGGGAGCACAUGGAUCUUUGAAAAUGGACAGGUAUUGACAAAGCCAGCUUGCUUGUAAAUGUUUCCUUUAUUUAACUCUUUUUGGUUUUCAAGUCAUUCUUUCAUUUGGCCAAAAUAAAGUGAUACCUACUGCAAGGUU